AAAGUCCUUUCUAGUGACGGAUGCUCAAAGUCCAGAAGUUUUCUAAUGUUCCUCUCGGCAGACAGCGCGCAAGACGCUGCUUUCGCGCCGUCAUUUUUCCAGCUGAGGAGCCGUGGCUUUUAAGUGCGGCGUAUAAGUGCCGAAGAAGAGAAAGUGGAGCUAUUCUGCUAACCGUCUUGGAAAAGGUGCGUAUCGCACGAAAAGCGUGUGAGGCGACUGGGAGAAGAAAUGCAGGCGCGCUACUCUGUCUCCAGCCCCAACUCUCUGGGCGUCGUGCCCUAUAUCAGCAGCGAUCAGGGCUACUACAGGACGGCCGGCGGAGGAUACACUGGGAUGCCUGCCCCAAUGAGUAUGUACUCUCAUGCUGCUCACGACCAGUAUCCCGCCAGCAUGACUCGCGCUUACGGACCGUACACACCUCAACCCCAGCCAAAGGAUAUGGUCAAACCGCCGUAUAGUUACAUCGCCCUCAUCACCAUGGCAAUCCAGAAUUCACCCGACAAAAAGGUGACCCUGAAUGGGAUUUAUCAGUUCAUUAUGGAACGCUUUCCUUUUUAUAGAGACAAUAAGCAGGGCUGGCAAAACAGCAUUAGACACAACUUGUCGCUCAACGAGUGCUUUGUUAAAGUUCCCCGUGACGAUAAAAAGCCGGGUAAGGGCAGUUAUUGGACUCUGGAUCCAGACUCCUACAACAUGUUUGAGAAUGGCAGCUUUUUGAGGCGGAGGAGGCGUUUCAAAAAAAAGGACGCGUUGAAAGAAAAAGAAGACCGGACGACGAAGGAGCCGGCGCCGCGGCAGCAGAGCAGGGAAGCGGAGCAGGCCGUGCAGGGCACGCAGCCUGUGAGGAUCCAGGAUAUAAAGACUGAGAACGGGGCUGCGACGCCCCCCCAAGCCGUGUCGCCUACCCUGAGCACGGUGCCCAAAAUCGAAAGCCCUGACAGCAGUAGCAGUAUGUCGACCGGCAGCCCGCAUAGCAUCCCAUCAAACCGAUCCAUCAACUUGGAAAACGCCGAGCAUCAUCAUCAUCACAGCCAGGGCCCGACACAAGGAUUCAGCGUGGAUAACAUCAUGACGACUCUCCGGGGUUCUCCUCAGAACGCAUCUGAGCUCACUUCUUCCCUUAUCGCCUCCACCAGGACAGGUAUUACGCCUUCUUUAUCGCUGAAUUAUUCCCCAAACCAAACAUCUGUCUAUAGCUCGCCCUGUAACCAAAACGCCAUAUCUACUAGCUCUAACGCGACCUACCAUUGCAACAUGCAAGCUAUGAGUUUAUAUGCUGGGGAUCGACCCGGGCACCUGGCACCUACAACAAGCGUGGAUGAGUCGUUGCCCGACUACUCGAUCACCACCACCACGUCCUCACUGACCCAUGGAAAUCUAAGCUCGGGUCAGGACGGUCACCACCCCCAUCAAGGUCGGCUGGCUUCGUGGUACCUUAACCAGGCAGGGGACCUAAGCCACCUCGGUCCCACCUAUCCCACGCAACAGCAGAACUUCCACUCUGUCCGAGAGAUGUUUGAGUCACAAAGAAUUGGCCUGAACAAUUCUCCUGUGAACGGGAAUAACAGUUGUCAAAUGUCCUUUCCGUCCAGUCAACCCAUCUACCGCACUCCCGGGGCUUUUGUUUAUGACUGCAGCAAAUUCUGACGAAACAACGUUUCUUUCCUAGUGCUUUGUUCUUUUAUUUUUAUAAAAGAUUUUUUUUUAAUUCAUGGCUCAAUGGACGAAUAUGGUAUUGAGGCAAAGAAACAUAGCCUUGAUUUGUUAAGGACAGUGUUACUGCAGAUAACACGUAAGUUUCUUCUCGAUUUUGAGAGCUAUGUUUGAAAUAUUAUGUUAUAUAAAAUGCCAGUUGUUUAUGGACAUGUUAUAACGUGUAAAUUUUAUAUAGUAAUUUAUUUUUAUAGUGUAGUUGGAUAUGUGGACCAAACACAGAGAUGUGUUUUUAAAUUGAACUGCAGUAAUUUCCCAGUUCCAUUAUAGAAAGGAACCUGUAUAUCCGUGUUAUUUCGAAAUGUUUUUGUUGGAAGUAUUCUGAAGGCAUUGCCUUGUUUGUUUAAUAAAUUGCCUUUUUAUUUCAGUUAAA